AUGCCACGCAGAGGCACUGGUGGACCACCACAGCCUCGUCGCAUCCCACACGUCAAGCACGUCGUCUGCGUCUCGUCCGGAAAAGGCGGUGUUGGGAAAUCGACCAUCUCUGCCAACCUUGCCGUUGCACUCUCCCUCACCCACCCUUCCUCGAUGUCCUCGACGUCAGAGCAGGUCAACAUGAAACCCAGGGUGGGGCUGCUGGACUUGGACAUCUUCGGGCCAAGCGUUCCUAAGCUAAUGGGGCUGGAAGGCAUGGGUGAGCCCGACUUGACGUCGUAUGGUGGGUUGAUACCGAUGAAGAACCAUGGUGUGAGCUGCAUGUCAAUGGGCUUUCUUCUCGGCAACAGCACCGCAGAAGAAGAAGACAGAGUGGUGGCGUGGAGAGGAAUGAUGGUGAUGAAGGCGACGCAGCAGCUGCUAUUCGACGUGGAUUGGCGACUGGACCCCCUCGCACCGACGCCGUCGUCGCCAGACGAGAUCGACGCCUCGAAUUCACCGCUCGACUUGCUUGUCAUCGAUAUGCCUCCUGGAACGGGGGAUGUAGCUCUCUCUCUCGCACAGCUCAUCAAAGUGGACGCCGCGCUGGUGGUCACGACACCGCAACAGGUGGCUCUGCUCGAUGCGAAAAAGGGCGUGUCCAUGUUCAGGAAGACCAACGUGCCCAUCGCAGGGCUGGUGCUCAACAUGAGUCACUUUGUCAGUCCUGACACGGGCAAGCUUUUCAAAAUGUUCGGCGAGUCAACCGCGGUGGAGCAGUAUGCGGAGAGGCAGAAGAUCGAUAUUUUGGCUCGGAUCCCACUGCAGCCGCAGUUGAGCGCGGGAGGAGACGAUGGGAUUCCAGCGACACUUCGAGAGACGUUGCCGGCAUUUGAAAGUAGCACAGUCGACUCAGCAGGGCAGCAGCAGCAGCAGCAUCAACAGCCGAAUCACAUCCGUGUGGCGUUUCUCGAUCUGGCCAACAAAGUCUGGUCGCGGUUAGCACAGUAA